UUUAUAUCGCCUUAAUAUCGAGAAAAUAGGAAAGAAUUAUCUGCAAUGGACAAAAUUGGUAUUAAGAAUUAUUGUAUGACGAUUAAGUUUUUUUUUCAUGCGGUAUACGUCAUUUCAAUAUCAUACGCACCCCCACAUUUUGGUAACGUCGACCAGUUACUGUUAAUGGCGACGGGGAAUGAGUCCAGGGAGGAAGAUCGGCGGGUGAUUCGGCGUGAACGCAGCUCUAGCGACACUCCAGCCCUGCUUGACUCCAGGAAUAAGGGAACAGGAGAAUCAGGCACCAUAUCAGAAACAGAUGCAAUGAAGUCUGGCUCGAGCCUUGUGCCGGGCUCGCGGACACCUCCCGUGGAGAGGAAGAGCAGGUUCGCCACGCUGGGACGCAUCUUCAAACCAUGGAAAUGGCGACGGAAGAAGAAGAGCGAAAAGUUCAAGCAAACAUCAAUAGUUCUGGAGAGAAAGAUUUCCAUGCGUUCCACACGAGAGGAUCUAGUGAAGAGAGGAGUGCUGAAGGAUACAGAAGAAGACGGUGCAGUACCACAAGCAACUCAGGAAGCUGGAGCACCAGAGGCUGCUGGGAACACCCCCCUGUCCACAGUGGAAGAGACUCCUGAGGCAGCAGGAGGGGAUGCUGGGUCCCCCCACGUUGCUAAUGGUGCAGUCGCAAACUGUGAAGAAACCUCUGCCCCAUCUCUGCCUGCUGCCCUCCCCACCCCAGAGGCAGGAGACAGCCCUGCCCCACCCACAGCAAUAGUCCAGCACAAGCGCUCCCCACCUGUACCACCAAAAAGAGUCGGCUUCAGCCUACCCAAACCUCCUGCGGAGAGCCCAGCCAAAAAGGAAGGAAUGGAAGAAGAUGCUAAGGAUGAAGACCAGGUGGUACCAGAGGUGCAGGUAAAGACAGCUGAUCAACCCACCAAGGAGAUGGAGGGAAGAAAGGAACAAGAAGAGGAGGAGGAAGAAACAACUGCACCACCUGCCAAACCACCAAUAAAGGAGAGGGUUCGCUCAGUGCCCAGUGCUGAAGUGUCUGCCCUAAUACAGACCCUGGAGGACCAGCUGAAAAAUGUGGCUGUGUCAUUGGGUCCUGACAAGGACAGAAGAGACACUGCUGGGCAGCCCCCUCUCAUCAAGGUGAAAACUCCCUCCUUAGCAGAACCCGACAGUGACGCUGAGGAGGAUGACAAAGAAAAUAAGCCCAUAAGUCGCAAGGGUCUGCGGGCACGGUUUUCAGAUGAAGACGAAAGCAGUGAGGAGGAGGGGUCACCGCGAUUUGGGUCAGGUCUGGCAGCCAAGGUGGCGAGGAAAGACAGCCUGGCCCUGAAGCUGAGCCAACGUCCCACCCGCAGGGAGCUGAUCGAGAAGAACAUCAUCCCCAGUCACACCGACAAGGAGAGGCAGGAGAACAGGGAGGUCGUCGGAACUAAGCUCAACAGACGGCUGAGCCUCAGACCAACAGCUGAGGAGCUGCAGCAGAGGGGAAUACUGAAAGUAAAGAAUGAAGAGGAAGCUCGUCAGGAAAUGCAGGAGAAGAAGAGAACACUAACCAGGAAGUUGAGCUUCCGGCCCACAGUUGAGGAGCUCCGCCAAAGGGCGAUCCUGACAUUUAAUGACUAUGUGGAGGUGGCUGAGGCCCAAGACUAUGACAGAAGAGCAGACAAACCCUGGACUAGACUAACUCCAAAAGACAAGGCUGAUAUUAGGAAAGAGCUCAAUGACUUCAAAAGCUCAGAGAUGGAGGUACAUGAAGAGAGCAGGCACCUGACCCGCUUCCAUAGACCAUGACUUCUGACCUCUGACAACUUUACGCACACCUGCAGUCCAGUUUGCUGACAGAUACAAAUGUAGGAUAAUGGAAAUGUUUGGUAUGUGCUAACACAUGACAGUUCCAUGGUAGGUAAACUUGUAAUGUUAUGGUCUUGGGUCAAGAAUAUUUACAAUGUUUAUACUUGCAUCCACACACUUUUAUCUUGUGCACAUUCAAGUAAAGAUGAAGAAAGUACAUGUUAUCAUAAGAGUCUUAACAGCUGAACAGGGAAGAGCAAGUAAUGCCUCUAAACUCCAAAGGUACUUCAGGAUCUUUUUUUUUUUUUUACCAGUGAAUACAUUUACAAACAUUGAUGCUCUAUGUACUUGACAAUGUAUUUGUUGGCCUGGUACAUGUACAUUGUAAAUAGUCCAGAUAUGCUUCCAAAUGUGGUAUAGAAUCAUUAUGACAAUAACAUUUUCUGUAAUAUCUUGGAUGUCACUACAUGUACAGCUGACUACACUAGCACAAGGACAAAUUAGGCUAAUUUCUGCCAUUCUGCACAAAUGUGACCAGCCCUCAUUCCUUAAAAUGUAAGUGUACAACAAUCUUCCAGGGAAAUUUCUGUCAAGUACAAGCUGUGCAGUAAUAUAAUGUUUAUGACCAUAAAAUAGCAUCAUUCUAUCAACUAAAAUUGGCCAGGUCUUUCAACCUCAAGUACUGGUCCUACAUGCAUGAUUGUGCAUUUUAUUGCAAUCCAGAAAAAUCAUACUGGCUUACUGUGGUAUUUUAAAGCUUUUUCCAAACUUGUUAUAAUUCUUAGAAGUAGUACAGAUGGACAAGCUGGGGGAAAAAUCUGACUUGUAUCAGUAUGAUACAAGCACAAACAUGGGUAAUGCUAAACUUGGUUCCUCUAGGCCAGGCUAUAUAAUACAAUACCAAGUACUGUACAAAGCUUGAAAGUUUAUCUGUCUUGGUAGAAGUCAUUAUGAAACAAGUUUGAACUGUGAUUUCCAACAUAAGAAAUCUCAACACAAUGUCCUCAAGAAAUCUCCACACUUCCCACAACAAAUAUGGGGGUACCACAAACUUUCUGCAACUCACGAUUCACUGCUCACCAAGCCAUGUCAUCUGCAUGACAUGGCAUCACAGAAGCAGGGGAUUGCUCAUUCCUUGACAGAAAAAGGAGUUGAACAGUUGAAAAGUUGGGUAAGUCGAAUUUCUUGCAUUAGAAAUUACAGUUAAAACUUGUUUCAUAAGCACUGUACAUGUUUACUGUCUAAAACACACAGUUACUCUUGACAACACCAAUGGCAGAUACAUUUACAUGAACACUUUGUGUAACAAAAUAGUGGCUUCCUAGAAUUACAGGCAGUUUCUUACACCUACUCACAGACUCAAGAACAAACUGUAACAAAAGGUGAAUAGUAUAUUUGGAUUGUGGUAGUUGGAGGGUGAUAGUUCAUAUAUUGCUUCUAGUGACAAACAUAACAUUGAUCUGUAUUGCAAUAUCGAAUAUCAUCCCACUGUUUCAAUCAGACUGAUGCAGGGAAAUGCACUGCUACAUGUACAUGCAUUAUGCAUGUGGUCACUCGAAUUUUGCUGCAGAUUUUAUUCCCUGUCACUGAUGUAAACAUUUUAUAUCUUAUUAUAUGCACAUGUAUGUUUGAAAUUUCAUUUGUUUUAUUCAUACAUGUACAUGUGUACAAUGGAAGUUGAAAUUUAUGGUAUUCAAAUCUGCCAAUCUGCUUGUGACCUUAUGCAGAUUUGCAGGGCUGGAAAUAUCUCUGUUUGGUUUGUACUGAAGCCUACCCUUCAAAAAGUAUCAUGUACACCCAAGAUGCAGGACCAGUCAUGUGGCAACAAUUACACAUUUCUGGUCAGAAAUGAAAUGUUGAAGACAAUUUAUAGACUUAUAGAAGUUGUAAUCAGUAGUAAAUGAAUAAUUGCUCAAAUCACAGUUGUGUGAGACAGCUUUUUAAGAAAACUGUUAGAGUUAAUUAUGUAUUAAAAAUAAUGGGCUCCAGGGAAGUUUGAAAGUAGCCUUCCCUUCCCCGUUUUUUUACCAUGAUAAACACAAAUCUCCAUGAUAAACCUUCCCCUUGUCCACCCCAUUUAUGAAUGAGUUGAGAGAUGUUCAGACUCUGGGUAUGUAAAUACUGCUGCAGACCUUGUGGUGUGACAGAGAGUUAAUGAUUAUUCAGCCCAAGCUGAAGUUAUCUGUUAUGCUUUAGAUAUUGCUGUGUUGCUCUGAUCUAACCUUCCCUAUCAUGAAUAAGAAGCAGAGGCAGAACGUACUGCACCUGCGCAAAACUUUUAUUGUGAAUAGCACUUGUGCAGAACAUCUCUUUCAAUGUCGUAUUUAAGGACGACAUCCCGCCUAUAGUUGUGUUGGAAAAGAUAUCGUUUGCAACGGGCAGAACUCUUGAUGCAAUGCUGACCAAACAUGCAACAAAAUCCCUUUGGUUUUGCACAGGUGCAGUACGUUCUGCUGAUGUGCUUCAAUUCCAAAUACAAGUACAGAAGUUACUGUGAAAGAAAAGUCAGGAUUGCUGUUGUGAGUUUUAUAUGUGUAACAGGUUCUUGUGUAUUUACGUUGUGUCUUCUGAUGUUUCAAGUCAUGAGUAACUUUUCUGUAUAGUACAUUACACAUACACAUACAGGUAUACAUUGUAAGCUCCCAGCAUGUUCUAAGUCAGUACAGAGGCAAAUUUUACAAAGCAAUGGAAGACAGUGGAGGUUGGCAACUUGUUUCUAACAUGUAUUGAAAGGGAGAAUCAGCAGAUUGUAACUUGUAAGUUUAGGUUUGCAUGAAGAAAGACAGGGCAAUCAUGUUCAAUGACUGAAACAUUAGUUAAAACAAUGGAAGUAUAACCAAUCAGUGUGAAGGGAAUCAAGUAAUGUACGAGUGGGGAUAUAUAUCACAUUAUAGCAAACAUGAAUAAUUAUGUAAUCUUUGACCCCACAUCUGUGGUGUAAAUAGUGAAAGCAAAUAUUAUAAAUGUAUGGUAAUACUAUCAUGAUUUUUGAUAUGACACCUAAGUAACCAACUUUGUACAGGAAUUGUCAUUUAUCCAAGGUGUGUAUAAAAUGCUGUAUACCUAACAUUGACAUUAACAUAAAUUUCACCCCACCUAGGCCGGUCAAGUCAGGGCAUCAUUUUAACAUUGUAGUUGAUUUUGUACUAGGACUUGUUAAAGUGUUAUACAUGUACUUCCAUGUAACUGUUUUGUAAUAUGGCUGCACUGUUGCUUUCAUGUAUACCAGUUUUACAUAGGCAGAAUGUUGAUGAACAGGGUAAUCCAGAAAAAACUAAACACAACUUUGAAGUUGUUUAUAACUACACACAACUACAUGUAUGAUUUUCCAAUAAGUAGAACUAACUAAUAUGUGUUCUAUUGAUAUAACUAGUAGCAUACCUCCAGUUAUUUAUCGCAUCACCCAUACGUGUAUGUCCAAACUCAUUUGGUCAAACUUUGUGUUCAGAUCAAUGACUCCAACACCAGAAAUUUGAACACAUAAAAAUGGGCAGUACAUGGGCAUAAUCCAUGAUACAUAGUUGGAGGUAUGUCACUUGGGUAUCAAUAGAAACCAUAUUAUGUCUACUUUUUGGAAAAUGUACUAUAUAUAUAUAUAGUGAUGCACUUCACAAAUUUGUAAUGAUACCCUACAUGUAAGUGUUUUCUUGGUCACCCUGUAUAGUAGCUGUGAGAUGGGAAAUGUUAUCAUUACUUCAUUCAUACCAGCAAGUAUCAUGCAUGAAGCUGACUGGGUGAUGCACUGACAAACACGGCUACCUGCAAUAUUUCAACCUGAAAAAACAUCUAUAUCAAACCAUAGCUACAUUAUAAAUCAAUUUUAUAACACAAGCAUCACAUUGUUUGAUACCUGAAACACCAAUUUUGUAACUUUUCCACGAUUUGAGAUACAAAGCUUCUACUUGAGACCUUGCAAAUCUGGAUUUUGACAGUUAAAUGAAAUGUGAUCCUGUUAGCUUACAUGUAGGAUAGUUUGAUGAAAUUUCUCUGCCCAGUUGUGCUAUGUUUGAUUGACAAGGGACUGGUUGUGAAAGGUUAGUAGGAGUGCCUUAUACUUAUAGGUGAUCGACAAGGAGUUUGCUCCUGAAGAAAGAAGAUGGUGCUUGGUAGUUUGAAAGUUUUUGUUUGCCAGAUGUUUUUAACUGUUCUAUCUGAAUGCUUCUGUACAUUAUAUUAUCAUGAUGAAAGUAGCGAUUAAAAAGUUAACUAAUGUGUA